AUGCGACCAGGCCCGCUCCCAGAUCUUGAAAGCUCCACAGAGGUCACUAGGCCACUCAGUGGCUGUCUAUCGUCCCGUAGACCCUCCCAGACCACACUCCACCUUGAGAUGCCGCUUGGGGGUGCUGGCUUCAUCCGCCUGCAGAGCCCAGAUGCAUUCGAUGAAGUCCUUGAGUCGGGAAAUUAUCGCAGCAUCAGCGCGCAGCAAUUGCUGUCGGGUCACGGAAGUAUUUUCGAUGACACCCUAUUCAGCCUUUUCGCGGCAAGCGGAAGUCCUGCACGCCGCUUUCCUACGAGAGAGGAGGUCCAAAUGGCAGGCGACUCGCUGUUCCAGAAGUCUAGAGAGGCAGGCCACGUGGACUUUUUCAUCAGCCACUCCUGGAAAGCAGAGAGGUGGAGCAAGUUUCUGGCACUCUGCAUGUUCUUCAACCUGACACUAGCGAUCAAGUGCUCUUUUGCCAUGUGGUGCGCCGCGGCCGUGGCCUUGAUUGCUUCCACUGGCUGGACAUCACUGGGCGGCAGUUACUUCAACUUUCCUUGCCUUGUGUGCUUACCUAUGGCCACUUUCUUCAUCAUGUUCUUCUGGGGACAGCAAAUCUCUGCUGGACUUUGGUCCCCCACAGUGUGGCUGGAUAGGUUCUGUAUUCACCAGACAGACCUUGAGAGGAAGCAGCAACAGAUCGUAUCCCUUCCCGUUUUCGUUGCACGCUCCUCUCGAAUGCUGCUUCUUUGGGAUGAUACCUACUUCGACAGGCUUUGGUGCCACUUAGAGCUUGCCACCUUCGCAUGCUACGGAGGUGCGGAAAAGGUGGAUGUGGUUCCGCUGUGGCUGGCCCCGUGGCUGCUCGCUUCGAUCCUUUCGCACCUCCUCAGCGUGACCUUUCUUGAGCUGCUGGAGCAUGCGUUCCCGAGUUGGAGCGCCCAGUGGUUACCUGGCAUCCUCAGUGUGUUGGAGUCACACUUCGGGGACAACCAGGCCCUACAGAAGUUCGCUGCUAUGUGGGUUAUCGGGAUGACUUCCAGCAUCAUUGCGCUCCCUGUGUCGAUCCCAAGCUUCUUCGCAUUCCGCCUGAAGCUACACAGUCACCAGUUGAUGCUGAGUCAGAUGGCCAGCUUCGACGUACGUGCUGCGAGCUGCACUGUGCCGGCCGACCGGAGCGCGGUCGAGCAACAGGUGCAGCAGCUAUUCAGAAGUGAUUCGGGAAGCCGACACCAGCUUCUUGAUGAGGGGGAGGUCCAUCUUCAGAGAUUUCUGGCACCUUGGGAUCCACUUGACGGCUUCAACACUUAUGUGAGGGGAACUCUGCGCGAGGCUGUCAUUGCGCAAAUCGGAAACGAGCUGGAGGUGCCUUGGCACACCUGCAUGACUGCGAUCCUCCCCAUGAUCCUUUAUUCUUCUGUGAAUAUUCUCGGGUGUGACAAUGGAUCAUGCGAAGAAUCUGCUCGGGUUUCAGGCUACAGCUCAGUGUUUCAGUACAUGGAGGUCCAAGUGGUGGCUUGGGCACUUUCCCUCGUCACUUGCUACGUCUUGAUCUUCCCCGUCCUUCUCAGGAUGGUGAAGUUCGUUGUCUCAUGCGGAAGCGGUAGCUAUCCGUUGCAAUGUGUGCUGGCUGGCAUUUGGUGCCCGCUGGCCUUCGAAUACUGCUACUUUUGCGUCAGCUUGACCUGGGGCUCGAUCGUGUCUCUCGUCCAGAACUACUCAAGAGUUCAACUGAUUAUCUCCCUGGCGAUCAUGACCGGCCUGGUGGCACAGGUCAUCUUCUUAUUUUGCGGCUAUACGAUGCCCCGCAGGCAGCAUGUUUCGUGCCGCUGUGUGACCCGAGAGGCAACGGGCCCGGGUUGA